AUGUCAUCCGAUGACGUCGAGACUUUGAAACAAAUAAAGAAAACGUGUAGAACAAGAUUGACUAAAUUUAAAACUUUUCUUGAAAAAUAUGUCGGAACUCAAAAUAAAGAUAGUGUAUCGAUCGAAGAGUUUCGGGUGCGUUUAAGUAAAAUCGAAGAAGUAUGGAAAGAAUUUGACAAAGCGCAAACAGCCGUUGAAUUAAUGUUCCCUGCACAGGAUCUUGACCCUGAACGAACAGAGUUUGAAGAAUAUUACUAUAAAUAUGUAUCCUUAGGAAAUAAAUUUCUUAAUCAAAAAACAUCUCAAGUUUCUGGCAUCGAACAAAACCGAAAUGAAGCGCAAUCAGCGCGUAUUGCUCAAUUAGAAUCAGAAAUCAUUGCUCAGCGUGAAGCAGAACUCGCGUCCUUGAGGGAAAUGGCUUCGUCGCGCGGAACAAUGGUCAGUGAAAGAUCGCGUAAUUUAUUUCCCUUGCCUAAAUUGGAGUUGCCCACUUUUUCCGGUGCAUACGACGAAUGGUUAGCUUUUAGAGACGCGUUCACAGCAGUAAUUCAUGACGACGAUUCAAUUCCUACUAUUCAAAAAUUGAGAUAUUUACGUUCGUUCGUGAAAAAUGAUGCAGCGCGAAUUAUAGAGAAUUUGGAGACUACCGAGAAUAACUACGCAGUAGCUUGGACUCUGAUGAAAGAUAGAUUUGACAAUAGUAGAAUUAUUAUUCAGAAUCACAUGCAAGCUCUUUUUGACUUGCCGGGGGUCUCAAGAGACUCGUCCUCGAGUAUGAGAAAAUUGCUCGACGAUGCUCUGAGACAUAUUCGCGCUUUAUCGGUUCUUGAUCAGCCAACUGAUAAAUGGGAUACUCCGUUAGUUUUCUUGGUGACCUCCAAAUUGGAUAGAGAUACCCGGAAGGAGUGGGAGAGGUCAUUGGGAAAAACAGUACAGACAAACAGGGGUGCAAAUUUAAAAUCAUUAUUGAACGUACAAUCUAAUUUUACAUGUCCAGUGUGUAACGGAAAUCAUAAUGUGCCAUUUUGUGAGGAAUUUAAGAAAAUGCAAACCGUGGAACGAUCGGCAUGUGUGAAAAAACUAGGAUUAUGUUACAAUUGUUUAAAAAAAAAUCAUUUAGUGGGAGAUUGUAGGUCGGGUAAUUGCACUAUUUGUAGAAAACGUCAUCACACCUUACUUCAUAUUGAAUCGAGAGUAUACACUGUUACCGAUGAAAAUAAACAAUCAAAUAAUAGAUCGAGUAUUACUAAUUUACAUAUUUAUGACGCAUCAAAGGUAUUGUUGUCUACAGCAAUGGUAGAUAUUUUCGACGAUGAUAAUUGUAAAUAUUCGUGUAGAAUACUUUUGGAUAGUGGCUCGCAGCCAAAUAUUGUAUCGCGAGAGUUAGCAAGCCGAUUAAAUUGUAAAAAACGGAAAAUAAAUUUAGCAGUGGAAGUUGUUAAUAACAUAGAAACUUCAUGUUCGGAAUGGAUUAGUUUGAGAUUAAAAUCUAAAUGUUCUAAUUAUUCGACAGUGUUAAGCUUCUUGAUUCUGCCUCACAUCACAGGAGAUGUUCCUGCCAAUAUUGUUGAGAGAAAUUCAUUAUCUAUACCAGAGGACAUUUGCUUAGCGGAUCCAGAUUUUCAUCAUCCCAAGAGAGUUGAUGCUUUGAUCGGUGCUGAGGUGUUCUACGAUUUGCUGCUAAAUGGAAGAAUGAAACUGAAAAAUCCGGGACUGGGACUGCAGAAUACUAAAUUAGGCUGGGUAGUCUCAGGGAAGCUAGGAGGAACAUGGAAUCAGGAAAAAGUACACUGUCAUUUGGUCCGAGGAGGUCUACACGAAAAGGUAGAAAAAUUUUGGGAAUUAGAAGAGGUCUAA